AUGCUGCGUGUUACCAAUCGGCUGCUGCAGUCGUGCCGCAUCACGCUCUUCACGCGCGCCAACUGCGGCCUCUGCUCCCAGGCCAAGUCCGUCCUUUCUGAUGUCUGGGACCAACGCCCGUUUGUGUACAAGGAAGUCGACAUCAUUGCCCCGGAGGCAAAGGGCUGGCGUGACCUGUACGAGUUCGAUGUGCCUGUUAUUCACAUCAGCAAGGCCGAUGCUCCUGAGGAGGACCCCAAGCAGUCGUCUAAGGCCGUGAAGUUGAUGCACCGCCUGAAGGUUGAGGAAGUCAUGGCUAAGAUGGACGUUGUCGAGGGAAAACAGUCGUGA